AUGGUCAACCAAGAGGAGACACAGGCGCCGCAGCCGGUUGAACUGCACCAAGACAACGUCGAGCGUGCGGAUGGAUCCCGCUUCUCGUCCGUCAAGUCUUUCUAUGCGCAUCCAUGGACUCAGAUCAUGCUUAUCAGUCUGAUAUGCUUCUGUUGCCCUGGGAUGUACAAUGCGCUUGGUGGUCUGGGAGGUUCUGGACAGGUUGAUCCGACAGUGGCUGCCAACGCUACCGUCGCGCUCCUUUCCGCAACCGCUGGUACAGCCUUGUUCAUCGUUGGUCCUCUCUUCUCGUACACAGGGCCUCGCAUUUGCUUCUUGCUGGGUGGCUGGACCUAUGCCCUGUACAGCGGCAGCUUGCUCAAUUUCAACCAUCAUGACAACGGUGCGUUCGUUAUUGCGUCGGGCGCUAUCCUGGGUGUUGGAGCCUCGAUGCUUUGGGUGGUCCAGGGUGCUAUUAUGACCACUUAUGUUGCAGAGUCUCAGAAAGGCCGUGCCAUUGCCGUCUUCUGGAUCGUCUUUAAUCUCGGGGGCGGAGUGGGCAGCCUCGCAUCCUUUGGUCUCAACUUCCACUCCAAAUCUGGCACCGUUUCGGACUCGACCUAUAUCGCCCUGAUGGUCAUCAUGCUCUUCGGCUGGGUGUUGGGCUUGUUUAUUUGUUCACCCAGGCGGAUCCGUCUGGCACAGCUCCACGCUGCUGUUGAAGGCGAGAAGCACUCGUGGAAGGCCACCAUCGAGAUCGCGGUGCGCACCAUGGCCAGCUGGCGCGUCUUUUGCAUGCUGCCGCUGUUCUUCUGCGCCAACGUCUUUUACUCGUACCAGCAGAACCAGGUCAAUGGCAUGACCUUCAACAUUCGAACUCGCUCUCUCAAUGGAGCCUUGUACUGGAUUGCACAGAUGAUUGGUGGUCUCCUGAUAGGUGUGCUGCUCGACCUUCCGUUCCUCUCCCGACCCAUGAGAGCCCGCGUCGGGUGGGUGGUGCUCUUUGUCACCGGCAUGUCUAUCUGGGGUGGAGGAUAUGCGUUUCAGAAAUGGCAAGACCGACGCCUCGCGGCCGGCUUCAAGCAGGACAUUGACUACACCCAGGGCUCCCUGUCGACUGGCCCGAUAUUUCUGUACAUCUUCUAUGGGGCGUAUGACGCGCUGUGGCAAGGGUUUUGUUACUGGCUCAUUGGCACUGAGUCGAACUCGACCUCACGGGCUGCCAUUCUUGUUGGCGCCUACAAGACCUUCCAGGCAACGGGCGGGGCCAUGGCUUGGAGGAUCAAUGCGUUGCACAAGAGUCCGAUGACGCAGCUGGGGAUGAACUGGGGUUUGUCGAUGGGGUCGUUGGUAGUUGUGCUGCCAACAGUCUGGACCGUCACGACCAUGACUAUUGAGAAACCUAUACGGGACCAGGAGCUAGAGUUGAAGAUCCAAGAAGUUGAAGCCGGGGUGGACAAAUAG